GGUUUGCUAAAUGAUCAUUUAAUAUAAUAAAUUCGAAAAUAUAACAAUAAUUGUUAAAAAUAGACAGUAUAAUAUAACAAUAACAACAAUAAUAAAAAAACAACAAAUUAUAUAACACAAAGAUAACAAUAGUAAUAAUUAAUAAAAGGUAACACAUAACAAAAACCAAAAAAAAGACAAAAAAUGGAAUUAUGUUGGGGUAUUGCUGCUGCUGGCCGUAUAACACAUGAUUUUGUUACAGCACUUAAUACAUUACCAAAUGGUAAUCAUAAAAUUAUUGCUAUUGCUGAUCCAGAAAUACAAAGAGCAAUAGAUUUUGCAAAUAAACAUCAAAUUAAAAAACAUUAUGGUAGUUAUGAUGAACUUGCUAAUGAUCCUAAUAUUGGUAUUAUAUAUAUUGGUACUAUAAAUCCAUUUCAUUAUAAUGUAUGUAAAUUAUUUUUACAACAUGGUAAAAAUGUAUUAUGUGAGAAACCAUUAUGUAUGAGUUAUACAAAAGCAGAAGAAUUAUAUCAAUUGGCCUAUAUUAAAAAUGUAUUUUUAUUAGAGGGUAUAUGGUCAAGAUUUUUUCCAUCAUAUAAAUAUUUAAAUGAAUUAAUUGAAUUAAAAAGUAUUGGUGAUAUUAAAGAAAUUCAUGUUGAACAUGGUUUUAAAGCUGAUAUUGAUAGAAUUUUAACAAGAAAACUUGGUGGUGGUAUUACAAUGGAUAUUGGUAUUUAUUCAAUACAAUUAGCACAAUUAAUUUUUAAAGGAUAUCCAAAAAAAAUUAAAGCAAUUGGUAAAUUAAAUGAUGAUGGUAUUGAUUUAGAAUCAAAUAUUGAAUUAGAUUUUGGAAAUGAUUGUAAAUUGUAUGCUCAUACAUCUGGUUUAAAAAAUUUAAAAAAUCAAGCAAUUAUUAAGGGGACAAAAGGUGAAAUUUUGUUGAAAAAUUAUUGGUGUUGUGAUAGUAUUGUUGGACCAGAUGGUAAAAUUAAAGAAUUUCCAUUGCCAGAAGGAAAAUUUCCAUUUAAUCAUUUCAAUUCAUGUGGAUUACGUUAUGAAGCUGAAGAAGUACGUAAUUGUUUAGAAAAAGGACUUAAAGAAUCACCAUUAUAUACAUGGAAAAAUAGUUUAGAAAUGAUUGCAAUCGAAGAUGAAAUACGACGACAAUUAGGAGUAUUUUAUGAUUUCUAAAUGAAAAAUUCAUUUGAUUUAUGAUAUUAAAAUAUUAUUGUACAAAAUUUAUAUUUUAUAUGUAGUUAGAAAAAUGUUAAUAAAAUUCAAUUUAUUGCAUGCUUAUGUUAUUAGGAAGACGUGCAAUAGAUAUUGAAACACAAUCAAGUUACAUUAAGAUUUUAUUAAAACAAAAUUGUUAAUUGAAAUAAUAAAGAUUGAUUCAAAUAUA